AUGGAGUUUCUGGGGACCACACACCUAGCCAGUUACUGUGGCACAAAGAAGAAGUGCCUGUUCCCGGAUCUAGUUCCCACCAGCACCACCAAGGACACCUAUCAGUCCUACUACCUACCAGGCUACCGCUGCCGCAGCUCCUGGAGGCCCAAUCUGCUUCACAAAGUGGUUUCGGUCCCUCCCAGCUCUGACAAGCAAUUUAAUCCCACUGGGCGGCCGCCCACUAUUCUGCCUGCAUCACGUUCUACCCUGCAUGCCCGCUACAGCACUCGUGACUGGCACCAUGCGAACAUGGUUCAAUUAAAAGGCUCCGAAGCCUCCAGGUACUCCGCUGGUAGACUGAACGCUGAUUCAAUGCGACUGAUCCAAGAUAAGGAUCAACUGACUUAUCGGAUGCAAGAAGACAGUAGAAGAAACCUGGGAGAGAGGAUCUCUAACAUUGAUUUCUGGAGAUCUGAGCUCGUCUAUGAGCUAGAGUGUCUGCUGAAAGCGACCCAAGACUUGGAAACAGCAAAGAAGCGGCUCGAAUGUGCUGCAGAUGAAAUGCAAGGACCACUGAAGGUAGCCCUAGAAUGCUUGUACCACCGUGAGAAGCGGAAGGGUAUAGACUUAGUUCAUGACUAUGUGGAAAAGAACCUCAUAAAGGAGGUUGAUGUAUUCAAGGACUGUCAAGAAAUACUGACAAAACUUGCGCAGAAAAUCAGUAAACAGUUGGGCAUCAACAGAGAUGCACAGCAUGCCCUGGAGCAGGAUCUUUCUGACAAAAACUCAGCCCAUUUUAUUGAUGAGAAGUGCUUUAACCUGAGGAACACAUCGGACAGCAUCAACUUUUAUCAUGGAGUGGAGAAAGCAGAUGGGACUGUUUCAGUUCCUGCAACAUGGGCUAAAUUCAGUGAAGACAAUAUCAGGUGCUCUCAACAUGCAAGGGCCAACUCUGUCAAGCUCCGAGAGGAGGCAGAGGUUGGACUGGAGAGCACGUCUGAGGAGAUGUGGAAUCAUUUCAUCAGUACCAACCUGGCCUUUAACAAUCGUAUUGCUGAAGUAGCUGAUGCAAAGAACAAACUCCAAGCACAACUGGCCAAGAUACUUCAAGAAAUCUUCCAGACAGAAGAUACAAUCAUGUUACUGGAGAGAUCCAUAAAGGCAAAGGAGUACCCACUGAAAGUGGCUCAGACCCGCCUGGAGGGAAGAACUAGACGACCCAAUAUAGAACUUUGCCGUGAUGCACCUCAGUUUCAGCUUGUCACUGAAGUUUACGCUAUAGAUGACACCUUACAUACCUUAAAGCGACGUCUGCAAGAAGCCCACGAUACUCUGCAGAUGCUGAUCCUCAACAAAUCAAAGCUGGAACAAGAAAUUUCUGUGAAGGCAAACUCCUUCUUCAUUGACAAGAAGUGUAUGGACAUGCGCAAAGUUUUCCCCAGCACCCCACGGCUCAUUGGCUACACUUGA